CUUCCUCCUCUAACUUCCUACCCCUCUCCCUCUCUGAAAAUAAGAUUCCAAAAACCCGAACCAACCCACGUACUUCCUCUCCAAAACUUCCAUUGGCAAAGCCAUGGAAGUUCGCAAAAUACUACUUGUACUAGCCAUAACCAUGGCUUUCUCUAUCACUCUCACAACGAACAUCUUUGAUAGGUCAACCACAGUGACAGAGACAAAGAUCAAGACAAAAGCAACACUACCCUUAAUUGAGAAGAAAGAAGAAGCUGCAACGACGACGACGUUGUUACCAUCGAGACCUCUAAGCCGAUUCCUAAUAGAGAAGGAAAAAAACCCUAGAUCGGCGAGCCAUUGCAACAAGAACAAGAAGAUGUGCGAGACAAUGUAUGGAAAGGGGUGGCAAUGUUGCAACAACAAGUGCGUGGACUUGAGAAAUGACAAGCACAAUUGCGGCGGAUGCAAGAAGAAAUGCAAGUACACGGCGGAGUGUUGUGGAGGACAAUGCGUUGAUGUGGCCUAUGACAAGCGCCAUUGCGGCAGUUGCAAUAACCGUUGCCAACUCGGUAAAUUUUGUGUAUACGGCAUGUGUGAGUAUGCAUGAUAAUAUUAUUACUACAAUUACAAACUCUAUAAUAAUCCAUUACUUCGAUGGUUUAUUACAUCAUCUUUGAUUUUAUGGCUAUUAAAAAGAAUUUGAAAAAGCUUCAAAUACAAUAAAAAAGAGCCACAUUUUAUGUGGUUCUGGUCAAAACA